CUUUUACCGUAACUAUAUACUCUUUCGUGCGUGCACCGAAGAAAUCAACAUGGCUGUCGGAUUUUACCUUUCUCUACUUAUGUUACUCGUCUUAUCUGCGGCAGCGAAGAAGAAUGAUGUAAGCACGGACUUACUAAUGCCCGACGUGUCGCCGCAAGUUCACGACACGUAUUAUUGCCACCCAUUAAAAAUGCCAGAAGAACCAAUGUACAUAACUGGGUUCGAACCACAUGCCAAGAAAGAAACGGCACAUCAUAUGUUACUUUUUGGAUGUAAGACACCGGGCAUGCGCAGAAACGUGUGGCAGCCCAAACUAGCCGGAGUCUACCUUAUGGCUGCGUAUGGCACGAUUCCGAACACAGGAAAAGAAGUUUAUCAAGAGGUCGCAUGUCUUUAUGAAGACAAACCUACGAUGCAUCCAUUUGCUUUCCGCACCCAUACACAUUCACUUGGCACAGUUGUAGCUGGGUAUCGCGUAACAGAUAUCGACGGACCAAAUACUGAAUGGACGGAAAUAGGACGUAGGAACCCACAAUUACCUCAGAUGUUUUAUCCAAUAAGAAAAAAUAUACCCAUUUCGCAAGGUGAUGUACUGGCAGCAAGAUGUACAAUGGUUAAUAACUUGGAUCACGUGGUCUCGACAGGGACUCAAUUCCUGUGUAUGCGUGCAGAUGACAACACCACAGUGACUGCUUUAGCAUAA